AUAAAAGCGCAUAGCUCGCAUCAGAAGCAUCAGUCCACGAGAUAAAGUGCAAGGAUAUUAACCAUGUCUCGCGCUAGUUUCGUAUUAUUCCUAAUGAUCGGAGUGCUUUGCAGCACGACUAUCGCACAGACAGAGACACAGUGUCCGGUAAAUCAAGAGUAUAAGGAGUGUGGAUCGGCAUGUCCACCAUCUUGCAACAACCCUGAUCCACAACUUUGUACUAUGCAAUGCGUGCAAGGAUGCCAAUGCAAAGAUGGGUUGCUGUUAAAAUCUUCAGGAGAAUGUGUGCCUUCUACACAAUGCUAAAAAUUAACAAACAUGUACUUACUAA